CACUGUAUAUUUUACUAAAAAUGUCGACUUUCGCAGUGUCCCGUUAUAUUCUUCAGGGUAAAUUUUUGGGACAGUAAAUGAGCUCUCAACUCAUUCAAGUCAGGUCUUUCAGGUUAUUUAGGAAUGCUCAAAUAUUUUACUUCAUGUGGUUAAAUGAGCAGCUUCUCCUAUACCCGGGAAAAUUUAACAUGCAAGAUUUAUGGAAACAAGAAUCCAUAAGGUUAAAAUGUAAUCACGGAAAACAGUUAACAUUGCAUCAAUGCUACACAUGACGUUCGGGAAUUUACAAUUGCUUCGUGUACACGAACGAAUUUAAGGCAUCAGUUCAGCACUUUUAUUGAGGAACACGAAAAACCAAAAAUACCAAAGUAAGGUUACAUGCCACAAGUAAAUCGCAACUUUCUGCGUCUGUCAUUGCAUGCUGGAAACACACAGCCUAUCAACACGCAAACGUCUAACACGCUGGCAGACGCAGCUUCUCCUACGACAUUUGCGCACACUCGGUUUUCCUUGCGAGUCUCGCGAUAGAAGAGAGCGACGUGAGGCCGGAUCUCGGACCAGGAAAGAAGAUAGGGACUGCUGGGGAACUGCACGUCUGUAAUUGCUGAUUUCACAACCUGGCCCAGGAGCAUUCCUGCCUUCCAGAGCAGUUACAUCAGUAGGGAAUAGCGAUGGAACUGAGCUCGAGCGUUCGGUCUCCGAGGGAAGAAGGCGAGCUGGAGGACGGGGAGAUCAGCGACGAUGACACCGAUGAAAGGCAAUUCGUGCGCCGUGACAAGAGGCCUAGCAGCAGCUGUAACAGCAGCGCAGGGCGUUUCGCUCGGAAGCCCAAACCCGGACCGCGGACAUUACCGCCGCCUCCCAUGGGGGGACCCGGCCUCGACUUCCGAAUGAAAAUGCCGUUCAACCGGGGACCCCAUCCUCAUCCCCCCAACUUAACUGGCCACAGGCAGCAAAGUGGAGCAGGCGUCCCCGACCGAUCGCUGUCAGCCCAGCAUUGCGACUCGGGUCCCAGAUCGUCUUUCUGGGAGCGCAGCCACACCGCGCUGGGCAGGCUGAGGUACCGGAGGCCAAACGAUGGCCGCGGAGACUGGGGCAGAGGGGGUUGGGGUGAGGGGGUUGGGGGCAGAGGGACUGGAAGGCCGCCCCCAUGUCGACUUGGAUUCGCCGGGGCACCUAUCAGGAAGGAGUCCCCUCCAAGAAAGCCAAAAUUGUUUGGGAGACCUCAGGUGAGGAAACCCAUUCAUAACACUGCCAAAACCGAAAAUGGUAUUGAAGAAAGCUUUGAGGAUUUGCUUUUGAAAUAUAAGCAAAUUCAACAUGAGCUGGAAUGUAUUAGGAAGGAGGAGAGGAUGGCGCUGAGCUCCAAAGAUCCUUCGCCUCAGAAAGAGGUAGAAGGAGCCCCCAGUGUUGAUCAGGCUGUUUCAGGCACGGUCAGUAUUCAGAAGGAAGCUGCUAUAAAAGAGUCUCCACCUCCGGAGAAGCCCGAAAUCAAAGUUUUUCAGGCUUUUAACCUGAAACCUUUAAGGCAGAAGCUUCUGACCCCUAUGGAAAGAGAUGAGAUGAACAAGAAAAACACGAAGGAAGCAGAAAAGUCAGAGAACGCUGAAAUAAGCCCCCUUGAGCCCAGUGACACAAUAAAAGAUAAGGAAGAUGAGGAGGAAUUGGAUUUAAACAAUUCUUAUCAAAGCAGCAAAGAAUCAGAUGACCUGCCUUAUACUGAGUCUAAGGACGACGAUGACGAGCUCUCCGAGCUGCAGCUGCGCCUGCUGGCCCUGCAGUCGGCCAGCAAGAAGUGGCAGCAGAAAGAGCAGCAGGUGUUGAAAGAAAGUAAAGAGAAACUGACCAAAGCUAAACAGACACAAGAGAAGGGAAAAGCUGCUGCCAAAACCCAUCCCGUGAAGAAAAACAUCAUUCCCGGCUCGGCCGCGAAGCAGGCCUGGCGGAAACAGCAGGUGCGGACGUGGAAGCUCCAGCAGCAGAAAGAGCAGGAGAAGCCGCUGCACGAGGAGGGCGAGGAGCAGAGGCACGCGGAGGAAGAGGAGCGCAGGAAGCGCGAGGACGAGAUCCGAAAGAUCCGGGACCUGUCCAACCAGGACGAGCAGUACAACCGCUUCAUGAAGCUGGUGGGCGGGAAAAGGCGGUCGAGAAGCAAGUCAUUGGACACAGAACACAGAAAGUCUCUGAACAAACAAGGCACCGAUACUUCUGGGAACCUCUACCAGUAUGACAAUUACGACGAGGUUGCAAUGGACACGGACAGUGAAACAAAUUCACCAGCAUCGUCCCCAGCACACAAUCCAUUUCUAGCUGAAGAGCCUUCAUGUUUCCUUCAAGUGCCACAGUUUCCGGUGGAUGUGCCUCCUCAUACCAUGCUGUUCCAUACCUUGAAUCAGCGUUACCUGGACCCCCCUGCGCUCAGUCCUUCAGACCCCGAGCCCCCGCUCCCCCCACUGCCGCCGGAUGAGCCGGAGCAGCCGCCCAAACCCCCGUUCGCCGAUGAAGAGGAGGAAGAAGAGAUGCUGCUCCGGGAAGAACUGCUGAAGUCGCUAGCCAGCAAGCGGGCGGUCAAAUCAGAGGAAACGUCAAGCAAUAGUGGCCCUCCUUCUCCUCCGAUGAAUAUUACUGUCCAGGUCAUGCCAAGGAAUAAUUUAUCCACCGUCAGUAUGAAUAUGGGUUGUCAGCCGCGCCAGCUUAGCACCAAGUUUGUCCGAGGACCUCCUGCCCCACGGCCCUUGUUAGUGCUCCCCAGGCACAAAGCAGUAGUUGUUCAGCUGAAUGAUUCUGACGACAGCGAGUCGGAGGGUGAAGCUCUGGCUGCUGAAUCGUUGGUCUUUGGAGGACUAGAGUCCAUGAUCAAGGAAGCAAGGAGGACAGUGGAGGCAUCAAAACCAAAAGCUCCUUCAGGACCUGAGAAGGAAAACAAUCCACUUAAAACCCCUGAGACCCUACCAGAUGUUAAAAAGUUUGAAUAUAGACUGCUGAAAGAAGAAAUUGCCAGUCGAGAGAAGCAGAAGCUAUUGUCUUUUGAUCGAUCCAGGGGCAUCCCUUCUCCAGCUAACUGCGAUGUGGAGUUGGAUAUUGUAGGAAGAGGCACAGAGGCUGAUCUACAGAUCUUGGAGGCUGAAAAUAAGCUUAAAAAACACAAAAACCUACUUUUAAAGGAUGAAUUGCUCUUGAAGCACCUUCUUCAGCAAGAGCUAAAGAAAAAGGAAUCGCUCAGAGCGUCUGAAACCAAGAUGGUCAAACUCAAAGAACAGCUGCUGGCAACUGAGAAGAUUGUUCAUGCCAACAAAACUCUUUUAAAGAAGCUGCAAGAGCAGAUCCACAGGGUGCAGCAUCGUGUAUCUCUAAAGAAACAUCAGGCUGUAAAGCUUGAAAAAGAUCUGGCUCAGGCCAAGGUGUUUGCCAGUCAUGGUGGAAUGAAACGGAAAAACGAGACGACUUACCUUUCGCCAAGCAAGAUGCUCCGUCUAGACAGCUCCCCCUCCAGGAGCCCAGGGAAGCAGUUCGCCGAGAUGAUCGCGCGGGAGAAGAAGCGCCUGCAGCAGCUCGAGUCCGAGUACGCCCUCAAGAUCCAGAAACUAAAGGAAGCGCAGGCCCUGCGCAACAGGGAAUUGCAGGAGGUUGCGGCCUCCGUUGAAGAGGGACCCCCCUCGUUCACCCUGCCUCAGCCGUCGCUGCACGACCUCACCCAGGACAAGCUGACUCUGGACAGCGAGGAGAACGAGGCAGAAGACGAGGAGCUGUCUCCCUCCAUCCGGGAGCGCAGGCGCUCCUUCAGGGAGUCGGGUGCCUUCACCAAACCCAAUCUUAAGCAUACGGAGGCAGCUCCCAGCAAAGAGAGCCUGAGCAAGCCUUCCAAAAAGACAGUGGACGAGCCAGAGCUCUUUUGUGGCCUGAAGAUAGAGGAUCUGCAGAAACAUUACAAGGAAUCGGAAAGCUUGACGGAGCUGAUUGAGGGAAGCACUUCCCAGAUGCUGGCAUCAACAGGGAAACCUUUGUGCAGCAAGAAGUUCACACUAGACUUGGACGUGACUUCACAAACAAGUCGUGUGGAGCUGACACCAUGCCCUUUCGGACCCUAUCACAGCCCUCUUCUAGUUUUUAAGUCUUACAGGUUCAGUCCGUAUUUUCGGACCAAGGAAAAGUUAUCCCUUAGUUCCAUUACCUACAGCAAUAUCAUUGAGCCGAAGAAGUUUUUCUGCCGGUUUGAUUUAACUGGCACGUGUAAUGAUGAUGAAUGUCAGUGGCAACACAUGAGAAAUUGCACUUUAACUGGAAAACAGUUGUUUCAGGACAUCGUAUCUUACAAUUUAACACUAAUUGGAUGUUCAGAAACCAGCACAAAAGAGGAAAUCAGUAUUGCAACCGAGAAGUACAUCAACAAGCUGUUCGGAAUGAACAAGGAUCGAAUGGGAACAGACCAGAUGGCAGUUCUCCUUGUGAGCAAAGUUAACGAAAGCAAAGGCCACAUUCCCCCUUACACGACCUGUAAGGACAUUAGGAAAUGGAGGCCCCAGCAGCUGACAAAAGCAGAGCCCGAGACCGGCAGCAAUAGCAGUGAUGAAGAUGAGGAAAAUGCAGGAUCUGUCAAGUAUGAACAUCGUUCAGAGUCUUCCUGGGGAAACAGUUCUGCUCUUGAUGCGUGUGUGACUCCAGAUGACGUCCGGUAUUUUACCAGCGAAACCGAUGACAUAUCUAACUUGGAAGCAAGUGUAUUAGAAAGCUCCAGAGAUGUACAAUUGUGGAUAAAGUUAGCCUACAAGUACCUCAGCCAGAAAGAUAGUUCAUCAUCAGAAUGUUUGGAUUCCGCCUUAAACACGUUGGCCCGAGCUCUAGAACACAACCGCGAGAAUCCGGAAGUUUGGUGUCACUACCUCAGUCUUUUCUCCAAACGAGGAACAAAGGAGGAAGUGCAAGAAAUGUGCGAGACCGCUGUGGAGUAUGCUCCUGACUACCAAGUGUGGUGGAAGUUCCUGAACCUUGAGAGCUCCUUUGACGGGAAGGACUAUGUUUGUGGUCGCAUCAUGCAAUACCUACUGGGCACAGCAGGGGGAGACAAAUCAGAACUGGUGUCCUUCCAGUUACUGGAGUCGCUGCUGUAUCGAGUCCAGCUCAGCCUGUUCACAGGCAGGCAUCAGAAUGCCCUUGCUCUCCUACAGAAUGCUUUGAAAUCGACAAGCGAUGAAAAAAGCAUUGCCGAGCACCUCACUAGAAGCGAUCGGUGCCUGGCCUGGUUGGCUUACAUUCAUCUCGCCGAAUUUAACAGCCUUCCCAGCAGCUUGUAUGAUCCAGCAAACUCAAACCUGUCCAGAAUCGUUUCUAGGGAAUUUUUUUUCAUUCCUUGGCAGUCCCCAAAAGAUGUGAAGACUGACCCUGACAUGCUCCUUGCACUAUUUGAAGAUGCUGUGUGCCAAUGUACUGAUGAGAGCUCUUCUCUUGAAGAGAGGAUUACAGAUUGCUUGCCUUUGUAUAGAAACAUGAUUCUGCUGAAUCAGCUUUUGGGGAGAUGGGAGGCAGCUGUCAGGCUUUGCGAGACACUUUUGGAGUCUUGUGCUUCUUGCUGUGAAUUGCUAGAAUCUCUGGCUGAGCUGUACAUACAGAAAGAAGAGACUGAAAAAGCCUUUGAAGUUUGGCUUGGUGCUCUGAGAAACAGUCCUCAUAAUGGGAAGAUCUUCUAUAAUGCUUGCAGAUUACUUGUGUUACAGGAAAAAUCGCAUACCAUAGCCCCUCUGUUUCAGGAAUUUGUUAUGUCUUUCUGUGAAACUGCAGCAAGUGAACAGCAUCCUGUAAAUGUUUUGCGCCAUCUCCUCAAUAUCCCAGUGCAGAAUAAUUUCAGGGCACCUUGUAUCAAACAAGAAGUUGGCAAUUCGCUCAAUAAGCAGAUACCCUUCAUGUGGCUUAUCUAUUGCUUGUGGCAGUCUGUUCAUGCCAAUGUAGGGGAAGCAGUAGACGCCUUUGAGAGGGCCCUGGGCACUGUAAUGCAACAUGAUGUAGUGCAAAGACUGUGGCUGGAUUAUCUCCUUUUUACUAGUAGUAGACUCAUUGGAUCCAAAUUUAAGAACCGAGACUUCAAAAUGUUUACAGAUCUCGUGCACCGGUGCCUGGUGACGGUUCCCACGAGAUUUACUGUUCCUUUCAGCAGUGCAGAUUACUGGACCAACUUCCAGUUCCACAAUAAGGUUAUAUCCUUCUAUCUGGACUGCCUUCCUCAGUCUCAGCAGUCCUCUGCCUUGGAAAGACUCAGAUACAUCAUGCCAACAAAUACUGAGCUGGCACUAAGGUUGCUGCGACAGGAAUGGCGUGAUGGCAAUAUUCAGCAUCUAAAACUGCAGGCCAGAAUGUUGACCACUAGCAUUCCAAAUUGUCUUGCAAACUGGAAAAUAGCCAUUGCUGUUGAGAAUGAGCUAAAGGGGCGUGCAGAGGUUUGCCACCUUUAUCGCCAAGCUCUUCUAAAGCUGCCUCUCUGUGCCACGCUAUGGAAAGAUCGGCUCCUUUACGAAGCUGCAGAAGGAGGUAAAACUGAUAAGCUGAGAAAGCUUGUUGACAAGUGCCAAGAGAUGGGAGUGAGUCUAGACGAGCCCUUAAAUUUAGGCUCAAACAGAACAGAGGGAAAGGAUCACUGAACAACUGGUACAGUUAGUCUUCCAUCCCCAAAACCUAAUGGCCAAAUGAGAUAAUUCUCCAAGAAAUAAAAAAAAAGUUUGCGAGAGGCAGACUUUGCAAGUUGUCAGUUCUCUCCAAUACAGUAUUCUUUCCUGAUACCAGGGAACAUUUGCAAAUCAGAUUCCGAUCAUUGAAGAUAUAUGGACUCCUGAAUGUCCAAAUUCUGGGCCUCUUUUAAGACUCUCCUUGCAUCAUGUACGUAAGUAUGGUUCUAUAAAAUGACAGAUGUUUUUUUUUCUUUUAACUUAUUUGUUCCUACUUUUUUUUUCGUACUGUCAUUUUUUUAGUUGUUUUUUUUUUUACUUGAGGAUCAAGUUAAUGCCUGUGACAUCUUUCUGUGGUGUUAAUGUUUACAUGUUUUUUAGGAAGGCAGAAUGUCUCCUGAUGAUGUUUUGUCUCGAUUCUUCAGAAAAUCUUGAAAGGUUAUUUCAGGUUUUAUUUUACAACGUAAUCUGCAGGUAAAUGGACUGGCAUAUGAAGUAGCUGCCAGGGUGGCAUUUUAAUGGCCCCACAGUGGCCUUUCCACUUGUGAGACUCUGCUACAGACUGCUGACUGGUGAAAAUGUAAGAGUCCACUAUGAGAUGCUCGGUGAAACCUUGAUUCCGUGCACUCAAAAGCAUCAGUACUCAAGGAUGACUUUAAUAAGUUUUAUGUGCAAUUUUGUUUUGUGAAUUAUAAUUAAGGAGUCUAAGAACAUUAUCUCUAAACUGUUUUGUAUAAAAUACUACUUUGUAGUAUUUCUAUUUGAAUGUGUUUAUAUUAAACUAUUUUCAGUAUAUGAUUAUGAAAA